CACAGGAGCUGGCUGGGGACACUGACCAGAGCCGGAGCUGUAGUCGCCUGGUAGAGAGAGGCCCAGCCUGGCAUUGGGGAAAACUGAGGCAGGGGUGUGGCCUUGGAGACUGAUGGUCAGGGCUGGACCUACCUGGACCAGGGUGCUGUCCUCCAGCUGGGUCCACUAUGGUUGCUGGUGUCUGGGUGGGAGUCUGACCUGGGGACUUAGGGCUGAUGCUGGGGGCCUCAGUCCUGCCAUCUGACUACCUCCGUGAACACACCAGGCCUGUUGCCUGCGAGAGCAUGAGUGAACAGGAGAAGGAAAUGGAGGAAGAUGAGGGAGGCAGCACUUCGGACACAGCCCCCAUGCUGCCGGAAAGGGUUCCUGACGGCCAAGCCUCAGCCUUGAUGUCCCCACGGUGGGUAGGCCUGGUGGUUCGAGGCCUUGGGACCCUACUGCUGCCUGGCCAGGCCCUGGCUGGACUCCUGCUGCACCUGCUGCUGCCUGCAACCGUGUUCCUGCUGGCCCUUCUGCCAGCAGCUGCCAUCGUGUACCUGGGAUUCCUGUGCCACUCGAGGGUUCACCCGGCGCCCCGCCCCGCGUGCCGCGCACUGCUCUCGGACAGAGGCGCCGCGGCGCUCAUCGUUCUCGGAUUCCUUUCGCUGCCUCCGCUGCUCGUGCUUGCCUCGGCCGCCCGCACCCGCCUGGCCCGGCGUCUCCGCCCGCUGCUACCGCCCCCAACUUGGACCCCUGGAUCCCGCCGCCACCCGGGGUCCAGCGACCGUGGGCGGGCGGGACGCCACACCGACGGGGAAGAGCAGUUCUGUGCCUGGGUGUGACCCCCCUCCCAGAGGCCUCUCCAAAGGACACGACCUCCGAAUCCCGCGAGGCACCCGAACUCCUCCCCCCGUGACCCUCAUAAGGCGGCCCCAGGCCGGCAAGCUCGGGGUCUGCGUCCAGGUUCCGUCCUCGGAAAUCGCGGGCAUACCACGGGGCUUCGUGCGCAGUGCUUCGAGUGGCCGCGAGAUGGCACCUGACUUCCCGGAACCCAGGCCCGCCCUUCCCCAAGGUGUCCCCACCCCCGCAGUCCCCUCUGACGCGGAGAGGCUGGGAAGCCUGGAGAGAGGAGGGAGAUGCCUCCCAGAGAAGGGGCGCAUGGCCAGGCUCAGAGAAAGGUGGCCUUCCUGGCUUUUGUCACUGGCUGCCCUGGGCUCCUGCUCCCUCCCAAAGGGCAGCCCUUAGGGCCCCAUGUCUGGUCGGUCAGCGGGCCUCCAGAGGGUUCCAGAAGUGGUGAGACUUGCCUGGGAGGCUUCCACAACCGGCCCAAGAACACGGUUCCAGAAGCUUAGCGAUGGCCAGCAGCCCCAAGGCUUGCAGGGCUCAGCCUGAGAUGGCGGUCAGGGUUAGCGUUUAGAUAGGUGCCAGAUUAAGAAAGCUGUCUGUUCUUUCUGGAUAAUUUUAAGGUCUUUGUCUUUUGCAAUCUUUGGCAUUAGCGUGUUUCUAGUCGUGGAUAUGUUCUUACUUGUCCAUUCGGUAUACACUGUGUUUCCUGUUCCUACAGAUUCAUAUCUUUCAUCAGUUCUGGAGACUUCUCAACCGUUUUCUAGGUCUCCAAGUCUGCCUCCUGGUUCAUUGUACCUAGUCUUUCUGGGGACACCUUUCUGGCUUCACCUUUUCCCUUCUCCUUCCAUGUCAGUUCUUCUCUUUCUGUUUCCACCUCCUGUCUCUGCUGCGUUCUGGGUGAUUUCUUCAUCUUCUUUCAGCUCACUAAUUCACUGGUUGUGUCCCAUCAACUCAUCCAUUCAAUUUUAAGUUAUUUUAUUAUCAUAUGUAAAAGUCAUACUUGCUUUUUUUAUUCAAAUCUCAUCAUUUUUUAUGGUAUCUUCAUGCAUGUUCAAUUUUUGGAUUCCAGCUUUGCUUUAAUUUCUUGAACAUUUCACAUACAGUUUUUAAAUAUUCUGUACCUAACAAUUCCAAUUUCUUACUUUUUGGGGGUCCAAAUCUGUUAUUUGUUGUUUCUGCUGAUUCUCAUAUUGUUUCUUUGAAUGGAUCCUCAUUUUUAACUGUCAGCUCGUACCUGUAAAAAUUCUUUUUUUUUUUUUUAUGUUUGUUUGUUUUUGAGAGAGAACAGAGCUCAAGCAGGGGAGGGACAGAAGAAGGGGAGACACAGAAUCUGAAGCAGGCUCCAGGCUCUGAGCUGUCAGCACAGAGCCCCAUGCAGGGCUUGAACUCACAAGCUGUGAGAUCAUAACCUGAGCUGAAAUCAAGAGUUGGAUGCUUACUCAGCUGAGCAACCCAGGCAUCCAGGACUCUUUGUGGUUUUUUUAAAUGUUU